AGACAUAUUCGGCAUCGUUCCUUGUCCUAAGUAUUAGAAUUACGAAGUAAAGAAAGAAACAUAAGGACUUCAGCGUCUCUGUACGUAGUAAAGUGUCUAUAGCAAGGAUUUAAUAUCGUUUGAUCAAUUACCUUGGUAAUAAAGCCUUUGCACAAAGAUGAACUUGUAUCUUUUGGGAUUUAAUGUCUUGGAAAAGCGUUACUUGGUCUCUUUUGUUGUAGUUUCUGUCACUGUUCUACUAGGAAUAGUCAUUCGAAAAAAGAUCCAAAAGACUGAAGAAACUAUCGUAGUCAAGUACCGAGACGAGCAAUUAAAGUUUGUUUUUCGACAACCAAGACUUUCCGAGGUCUCCUAUUCAAAUUUUCUUCAUCGUGUUUGCAAUGCCUUUGGGGUUGUUCCCGAAAAGGUCUACUUGGAAGUCGAUGGAAAAGAGCUUCAAGAUGCUUCUCUUGUUAAACAAAACAUUAAAGAUGGUUCUGUAGUAUAUUUGAAGCCCCAUCCUCUUAGUCCUGCCUCACAGCAAAUUGAAGAUUACAGAGCAGACUUGGAGAAGAAUGUUCUUCCACUCGUGCAACAGUACUGUUCCUCCCCUCCUUCUAAUGCUCAAGAGAUUGAAGACGUACAUGUUCGCCUUACAGAGACUAUACUCGGUAAAAUGAUACGUCUUGAUGCUAUUGAUGUUCAGGAUGAGCCUGAUACACGUUUAAAGCGAAAAGAAACUGUUCGAUGGACACAAGGAUUUUUCCAGCAACUUGACGUAACAAAAUCUAAUGCUUUAAAAGGUUUGAAAUAGCGUUCUUUGAAUCGAAUACAUCCUCAUUUAUUGAAUAAUAUGCUCACAAAAAUUAACAGCUUUUCUGUUGUUUUUUCGUCUCAAUCCUACUCUUUUUGACGUAGCUUGCUUUUAAAUUUUGAAUAAUUUCAU